UCAUUUGGUACGAAAUUCGAAAAGCAAUUUAAAAUAAAAGAAAAAAAUACAUCAUGUAUCUAUCAAAAAAGAGGAAAAUUUUGUUAUUGUAGAUUUAACCACCAAUGUCUUUCAAAUUGUCGUCGUUUUUAUUAACAGUUUUACCGUUAAUUUUUCUCUUAAAAUUUAGUGACUAUUAUAUUAGUUCGUUUCUUAUUCUAAAGAUAAUUAAUUGUAUGUGUGAAAUGUCACAUUGAAUGAGCUUCGAAGUGGAUCGGUACUCGUCUGCGUGGGCACAUAUCGCCCUUUGUGCGGAUCUCACAUGGGCUACGGAACCUCCCGAUGAAUUCAUUAUAGCUAAUCAGCGUCUCUGGGCACAGCAUUGUCGUGUCUCUCAAGUACUGCAAGACACAUCAUUGGAAUCACAAAGUUUGCAAACAAAUAAUCAAUGCGAAUUAACAGAUAAUAAACGUGCAAUAUCAAGCCAGAGCCAAGAAAAUGGCAGCAGUAGUGGCAGAAGAAGUGUGAAAGACGUUAUACCAGAGUCCAGAUUGGCACAAUUCUAUGGAAAUUUUUAUUACGACGAAGUCAGAGAAAAAUGUUAUACAAGUACGAAUGAACGAACUAACUUGCGAGGGUACAACGGCCAGGGCUGCGAAAAUUCAGACCUCACGGAAUGCUGGAUGCUGCCUGAGGUGGAGUACUGGUUUCGCAAGUUAGUAGACGAGUCAGCUGAGCGCAGCAUGUUCCCGCGACGGCGCCGACAGUACAGGAUGCUGCCCGACGAGGAUUUCGAGCGCUGGGGCCCGAGUGGGGCGCGAGCCGCAGGCGAAGAAGCGGCGCUGGCGGCCCGAGUGCUCAGCGUGCGUGCAUUGUGGGCCCCCUCGCAGGCGCCCCGGGGCCCCGCGCACUCCAGCCACGCGCCCCGCGCCCCCAGCCCCCCCGCAGUGUCGCGCAAGAUGCGGGCGAGACGUCGCCAGCCGAGGCGGCUGACGGCACUCGCGCCACCGCCACCGGCGUACUGUCUCGACGUACCUGCACAACUCUUCUGCGACCCUUCGUGCAAAUUCCAGUUUGAUCCGCCGCGGCCUCCGCAGCUGACGGAGUGCCAGCGCGCCAUGGGGCGGCUGUCAGCGAGCGUGCAGGCAGUGAUGCGCGCGUCCGCGGCGCGGUGUCCGCCGUACCGCGGCACCAACGUGAGCCGGUACGCGCCCACCGGCCAGCGGCCCGCGCGCUGUCCGGACCGCCGCUACGGCGUGUGGUGGCCGCGGGACCAUCCCUCCCCGCGCCUCGACCACAGGUUUCACCUCACGCACGUGCACCAGGCACCCGCCCCGGCCGGGCAGAAGACCCCCGCCCGGACAGACACAGAAGAAGACAAAAAAGAAGAACUUCCCGAUGAAAAGGAAAGCACUAGCAGCACCAACGAACAGGCUGUGGUUCCUGUCACUGAACCGCAGACCUCGCAAGGUGAUAAGCCAGAGAGCCCAACUACACAAGACAAAAUCGUGGCUGAUGGCCAGCUACCGUCCACCAGCGCAGCCGCCAUAGACAACGGGUUGAGGAAGAAGCGCCUGUACAGCACAGUGCUCAGCAUGAGCGCGCCCGCGCCUAUCGGACUCACUCCGGUCGUAAGACUAGCGCAGAAAUUGGUGACGCCUGGCCUCCUGAAACUGAAUCCAAAAAUGGUACUCCCUGGAUCACGAGUGCGGCCACCAACAGUCGAUCAUAAAUUCGAGGAAUUGGAGAAAGAAGCGUUAGAGCAGUACAAAGCGUCAGACGAGAGUAUAGACACCAAGUUUCGAGAAUUAGAAAAGCAGGCUGUUGAGCAAUACAGCACCAGUAACAGCAACACUAGUUGUAGCAGCGGGAACUCGGCGGAGAAGCGCGCCUCGAGCUCGCCCUCCGAGAGCGACACGAAAAGUAAACAGCCGGCAAAAUUUCAUAAAGAGAAACCGGUAGACAGCGUCGUUAUAUACUCUCAGAAUUUUCCUGACUUGAAUUCCAAGGGCCAGACGUCCAGUGUAAUGAAUUUAAAAAACUUCCACACCCCCCCGAGGGGGGAAAAAAAGGAACAAACCCAUAGACCGAGUAAGAACUUGCGGAGUUUAAAAAGCGAGUCCCAGCGCGCAGCCUCCGACACCGACUACGAAGCACGGGAGAACUUGAAGGGCAACCACAAGGGGCCCGUGCGGUGGACGCUGCACGUCGUGCCUCCCAAGAAGCGGCACCUCACGCUGUGCGUGUCCGACUUCUCGUCGGACGAGGACAUGGAGGACGGCGGCGUGUCCAUCAAGGACGCCGGGCCCUGCAUCAAGAACCACGUGGCGGGCAAGGUGAAGAUGUCGGCGCACGGCGGCGGCGACCUGCACCCCAUCAUGAGGAAGACGUAGCCCGCAGCCCGCCCGCGACGCUACGUCUAGUCUGGACAGUUCCCCCACUCCCGCCACUGACAGUUGAACAGCAGUGGAAAAUUGUGAAUUGUGGCAUUCGUGGCCGGUCACUAACGGAGCGCACCCUGUGCUACUUGUCCCAGCAGUAAAUUCAUUUCGUGUGUGGCGUACUGAUAUAUUUUUGACUGUUUUAUAUGAUGCGGCCGUCAACUUUUAGUGGUCGGAGUCAGUUUUUGAUAUAAUUAUUACUGUGAAUGGAGUUUUUGUGGGAUCCCUCGUAGACCUGUAUCGAACUAUGUCGUGACCGGCGUGAACCGUGUUCCGAUAAAGCUGUUUUAGCAAUGUGCUUAUUUUUACUAGUCAUAAAUGCUUUGUAUAUAUAUUUUUGUAUUUUUGACUUUAUUAUUGAAUAAGAAAAAUAAUUUCAGUUCAUGAAAAAGUUUAACAGUACAAAAAUUAAAUUCUUUAGGUAUUUAACUAAAAAAAUAAAUUAUAUAUGAAUUGUUCUA